UGAGCUCCUGAGAGCGACCCAUUCUUUCACCAAUGUUUGUAGAAGCAGUCUGCAUGCCUAGGGGCUUGAUUGUAUACACCUGUGUCCAUGGAGGGGAUUGGAACACCUGAAUCACAUGAUUUGGAAGUGAUAGGAACACCAGAAUCACAUGAUAUGGAGGGGAUUGGAAUGCCUGAAUCACAUGAUUGGGAGGGGAUUGGAACACCUGAAUCACAUGAUUUGGAGGGGAUUGGAACACCUGAAUCACAUGAUUUGGAGGGGAUUGGAACACCUGAAUCACAUGAUUUGGAGGGGAUUGGAACACCUGAAUCACAUGAUAUGUAGGGGA